GAGAGGGCGAGAGGUAUACGUACAGUUCGGAGUUCGUUCAGACGCCAUAAGUGAAUAGUGAAUUUGUGUUUUAAAAUUGGGAUUAUAGCGACAACAAUGAGAUUGAAUAUCAACUAAGUUGAAACAUGAACUCCGCCUUAAAACCAGUAUUGACAUCGUCAUCGCAAAACACAGCAGUGACCAGUUCGUUGAGUAAACCCAUGCAUCCCCAAGGUGUCCCCACUUCAUAUGGCCAACCAACAGGUCAUAUGAACCAAAAUCCCUACCCCAAUAUGAAUGUUGCCCAUAAUCACCCCAAUGCACAGCCAAACCAUUAUUCCCUAAACGUACCUAAUGCCUCCACCCACUACAUAGGCGGUAGUAUGGCAACAAUUCCACCUAGUAACCAUCCUGUCGCAAAUAUGAGCCAGCCUUCAGGUGGACAAAUGUACAAUGCUCCCAAAAACGUUUCGUAUCCCAGCGGGUAUCAGCCAAACCUCGGACACCCUCCAAAUCAAAACACAUUACCUCCAGUAAGCCAGACUCUACCCGCCACCCCACAAACUCAACAGAACUCUUCAUCGCAGAACUCAUCGAAUUCCUCAAACUCUUCUACCCCCACAUCAGAGGUCUCAGCGGACAAGCCGCAAUCUAACGGAACUCCAGAAGUCAGAUCCCCACCCAAAACGGAAAAUCAGGGUAACUGUGUUUCACCUUCAAAAGAUAAACCUCCAACUGUCCCAUCUCAAGUGCCACAGGUUUCACAAGCAACGGACAAGCUGGUAGAGAGGCCCAAAUCGACGCUUUCUUCACAAGAGCAAAAACCACCUCCGGAACCAGCCAAAGCACUAGAAGAAGUGAAGAUAAGUUCAAUGAUUCCAGCAACCUUCAGCACAGAAUCUAAUGUGUCUUCGACAGUGGCCUCAAGUACUUCUAACACGCAAUCUGAAGUUACGCUGAGUCCGGCGAAACCCGCAGACAGCAUAGACAGUUCAAAAACAUUCUCAGAAAAGGAGAACAAACUGAUCCCCCCGCCCAAUACCACUUUGGAAGUUAAAAGUAUAUCAACUGAAGAAACAACCUCAGUACCUCAAGAAACUUCUGAAAGUAGUACCGUGCCGGAAGCUGACAAAGACAGUAAAUCUAACGAACAUAGUGAAAGAGAAAAAAGUUCAGAUAAAAGUGCUAGUGGUGGUCCUGUUGAAACUGUGCAAAUUAGCCCCAACAGUGCAUCUAACAAAGCAAAGGAACAGUCUUCGCCGAAAAGAGACCUGUCGCCUUUAAAAUUAGCCACCACACCCAGAACACCCACAAGAAAAUCAAAAACACCCAAACCCGAAGAAUCGCCGAAAACUGUCAAACCAGAAGUAAAAACACCAUUACAGAAAUCUCCGAGUACCGGAAAAGCAAAACGGCAACGUAUAAAAACUCAACCAUAUCAAAUUCCCUUACCAGAAAUUGAAAUUAUUACUAAAAUUAGUUCGUCCACACCUAGAAGAAGUAGAAAUAAUGAUGACAAAUUAAUAUAUUUCUAUAAAAAUGAAUUCUUAGCGGUAAGAAAUGCUGAAGGUGGAUUUUAUCUCUGUCAAGCUGUACAAAAUAUUUAUAAAUCGUCCUCAAAAAUCAAAAUCCGUUGGUUAUCUCAGGAUAAAAAUGACAAAUCGGGAGAGAUAUACACUCCUGAUUUUUAUGAUUUGACAGAUUUUGACUGUAUUCUAACAAGUAUUGAUCUAACUCGAGUAGAUAAAGGAAAAUACAAGUUAACUCCUGCAGAAAAGGAAAGAACGGACAGUAUUUUAAAGAGAUGCUUAGCAGUAGAAAAAGGAGAAAUCUCGACUCCUUCAGUAUCAGAGGAACAUCCUGAUGGAUUGGAUUUGUCUUUGUACAAGGACGAAGAGCAGCUCAAAAAAAGAAAAAGUACAAAACGCAAAGGCAGACCCUCAUCAAAAUCACCGAAAAAGGAAAAGGAAAUAAAGGAAACACCAACUAAGAAGUCUCCGGAAAAUCCGAAAGUACGGAAAGUUGAGACAAAACCUGUAAAAAAAGUGGUAAAGAAACCUGCUGUUGUUGCAAAGAAAACAAUACCUGUAGAAACAAAGAAAGCUACAAGUACAACUAGGUCAGCUCGAGGCAAAAAGAAGAGUGACGUGAAAACCAGUCCGGUUGUGGAUCAAAAAAAGGCAAAGGUGCUAGCUAAGAUUGGAAGGAAAACUGCCGUUCCAGCCAGCACUAGUCGGUUACAAAAUACUGUCAAAAAUACAAAAGGGUCCAGACCAACCCCAUCGUCCUCGAAAACAACAAAAUCUUCCUCGACAACAGCUCCUAAAGUAACAGCCACAAGAAAGACCAAAAGGUCGACGAGGAAAUAACUGAGUAUGAAUGAUCGAUAAUUUUACUGUCAAAUUUAGUUGUGUAUAUUUUUAUAUUUUCCUUACAUAUUUUAGUGUUUUCAAUUUAUAAAAUAAAAUAACUUCAAUAUGCAUAUCAUAACGUUUUGUAAAAAUUUUGUGAUAUGUAACUUUGAAAUAACUUAAAACGUAAAGAACGUUUUCAAUUCAUGUUUUGAUUUUUGUUGAAAAAAAAAGAAACUGCGUAAAUGAAAAUAUGUACUAUAUAUUUAGAAACCAAACUAGGCCUUACAAUAAAAAUUACUGUAUAAAUGGAAUAUGCAUUGAAAUGGUUCUUUAUCGACAUGUUGCAAUGUUUAUAGCUAUAAAUAAUUAUAUAAUGGCCAUUUUUAUAAUGGAAACAAUUAAUUUAUUUUAAUUGUGUUAAAUCUUAUUUAAGGAAAUCUCCCACGCUGACCGAGAUAUUCUAACUUAACCGUAUUGUUUGUUAUACGACAACAAAUUUUAUAUUAAAAAUAAGGUCGGUCUGUGUGGUAGGUCCAUAAUUUAUAUGCAAUUACAUUUUGUGCUCUCAAAAUUGGCAUAUGAAGUAUAAAUUUGUUUGCACUAGUAUUAUUAUUAUUUUCUGUUUUCUACUGAGUACUCAUUUUUAUAUGUACAUUUAAAAGUUCUAUAAGUAGAUGAUGUAAAGUCACGUGAGCGUAUAAUAUAGAUUUAAUCUAUAAAGAAAUUGUUUCAAUGAUACUUAGGCGACACAAAAGAGUAUAUAAUGACCAAGAUAUAUAAAUAUAUUUCAUUAAGACACAGAAGCACAUGCGAAUUUCAUUUAUGUUUCAUAGAAUGUAGUUCUUGUAUGUGUUGUGCUUAAAAAAAAAAAAGUUAGGAAGUAAGAAACAAUGUGGAAUGAAUGUUUGUGUAGUCUUGUGAAAUGUCUAAACUUGAUCUGAACAGUUAGAUUCUGAAAAUAUUAUUUAUAAUAUUAUAAAUGGUUUUUGAAUAAAAUCUAAACAAUUGGGACGAAA